GAGCAGAUGAAACUGCGGUUUUCUUUCUGUUCGCAUGACAUCUUCCGACUCGUUGGAGACAUAAUUACUUACUCUCUCCAGAUUUUCUAACUGUUUUGGUUUGGAGUGGUUCCAGUUGAAAUUAUCAAAAACCAAUAGAAUUCUGGUCACGUAAUCCGAUACACUUAAAACAAAUCAAUAUUUACUAUCAGUCCCAUCAAGUGUCUGCAACAAUGUCUUCAUCGCUUCACUGGCGUUCAUCACAGUUUCACCUGCAUGAUUUGUGUACAUUAUGGACUGCCGUUCGACUCUGCUUUGGUUUACAUUGCGUAUAUGGCAAUUAAAAAGGUCUGUGUGUCUUGCUUCAUUGACGGCCUAACGUGAUGCACGCGGAUCAGCCCAUUUAUUGUGAAUAUAGAGGGGGUUGUAUAAUUUUAAGGCAGGAGUAACUAAUAAACCUCGUUUAUUGGCUGCGAUGUUUGGCCAGUCUCCGCCCAAAGCGCAGUCACCAAAGUAUGACGUCAUGUGUGCAACAGCAAACAUUCCUGCAUGUUGGCAAUAAAUAACUACCUUGCGUUGGUUGUGGACGGAUUAUAUAAAAUAAAAAACUCUCGCUGGGAGCACGUAAGACACUUCGAAUGAUCCUGUAAAAUUGCCUGUUUAUUGGCAUAUCGAGUUGCCGUGUGAGUACAUGUAAUGGAGACCGUAGCUUGGACAGAUGGCGUGAUGUCGAGAGAGCCCAUGGAGGCGAACAUGACUGGUACGACGACGCCUUGGGAUGUCAGUACGGAGGCAACUGACGGAGAGAUGUUGGAGGGUCCUGCGGCCCUCUCGGGCAGCGAGUUGGCUAGUGUGAUCAUCUACUGGACUAUCGGCUCGUUGGGCGUCAUUGGUAACACUCUGGUGUGCAUCAUCUUCCGUGUGUUGAAGCAACGGCGGAGCCAGGUCAACUUGUACAUCCUCAACCAAGCCUUCGCUGAUUUGGUCACAGCUUUACUCCUGAUCGCGUUCGGCACCACCCGGGUCUACCGGUCUGAUAUCCCCCUUGUUGGGGCUCAAGGUGUGUUCCUCUGCCGCCUGUGGUGGUCUCGUUUCUUCCUCUUCUCAGGCUUUGCCGUUUCCGCUCACAAUCUCACCUUGAUGUCCUUUGAGCGGUACAUAGCCGUCGUGCACCCGUUGCGCUACGGUAAGCUCUUCACUCCUCGCUUCACCAAACUCACCAUCGUACUGGUUUGGCUGAUCGCGCCCAUCAUGCAGUACAUUUUUCCCAUCUUCCAGCGGUCUUUGACAGAUGGGAAAUGCACGUUCCAGUCCACGUGGACGCCGAUUGCAGGCUCGGCUGUCGGUGUGUGUCUCUUCGUCUGGGAGUACUUCUUGCCAUGUGUCAUCAUGUCUUACGCUUACAUCACCAUCGUCUGGACUCUGAAGCAGAAAGAGAAAGCUCUGACGGCGUCGACCCAGAGCCAGACCGUGCCGACCGUGAGCGGCGGCAACCGUGCCCCGUCUAAAGCGGCCUACUCCCGGCGUCGUAACGUCACCAUCACGCUCCUCACCGUCUUCGUCGUCUACGUUCUGUGCUGGACUCCCAACCAAUUUACUUUCCUGCAGUUCAACCUGGGCGGGUCGGUGAACUUCGACGGGGCCUGGUACCUGUUUACAGUCGCCGCUGCCUUUAUCAACUCAUGCGCUAAUCCGUUCGUUUACGCGUUGAUGCACAAGCAGUUCCAAGCAGGACUGAAGCUGAUCAUACGCUGUCGACGGAGAGGCAGAGCCAUCAUGGAUGGAUCCCUAACAGAUCGAAGCACCAUGGGAACAGUUGUCGACUAAUCACCACAACACUCGAGAUGCAAGACUAUAGGCUGGACUGAAGCUGAUCAUACGCUGUCGACGGAGAGGCAGGGCCAUCAUGAAUGGAUCCCUAACAGAUCGAAGCACCAUGGGAACAGUUGUCGACUAAUCACCACAACACUCGAGAUGCAAGACUAUAGGCUGGACUGAAGCUGAUCAUACGCUGUCGACGGAGAGGCAGGGCCAUCAUGAAUGGAUCACUAACAGAUCGAAGCACCAUGGGAACAGUUGUAGACUAAUCACCAGAACACUCGAGAUGCAACACUGUAGGCUACUCAAAAUAAUUCCCUACAAUAAUUUACACCUACCAAAAAACACUGAAGCAUCCCAACAGAAACAGCUUCAGCAUUUACUCCAGUUAAAAUUCGGAUGACGAGCAACCCUUUUAAGAACACUUGACACCAUGCUGAACUUCGUAUAAGUUCAACGACAGCAGACAGUGUCGUGUGUUUAUAGAAGCAUGGGGGAAAAGCUCAAUGAUUGAGUUAUGAACGGACGAUUUCUUCACACUCACAUUUAAAUUGCAUUUACAGCAAAUAGUCUUUGGCGUAAUUGGCGACAUGAAUGUAGAGGCAGUGAACAUGACAGAUCAAAUCUAAUUCCAACAGUGAGUGACCUUUUCCGUUUUCAUCAAUGUCUCAAAGCCGCAUCUGGUCCAACACAGCAUUAAGCUCACAUGGAAUUCUAUUUAAGGCUUGCAUCCUUGUGUAGGUGACUGCUCUAUGUUCCGACACCCCUGUGCUCCGACACCCCUUGCCCGGGUAAGGGGUAGGGUUAGGGUUAUAGGGAAAGGAUUAGGGUGUGUGUCAGAACAUAGGUGUAUCGGAACAUAGACCCUUGUGCAAAUAUAGAAAGUGAAAUUGAAAAAAAAAUUUGAUUCACUGCAAACAGUGUGAUACGAUGUCCUUUCGUCAUCAAAACCAAUCACAUUCGGCAUUAAGAUAAAGUGCAUUAUGUCCAUACAUCAAUUUUUGGGUUCAAAAUAUCAAAACCAAUCAAGGAGUUCAGUUUUUGAUAUUUUGAACCCAAAAAUUGAUGUAUGGACAUAAUGCACUUUAUCUUAAUGCCGAAUGUACAGGAGAUUGUGAAAAUCGCUUCACAACACCCGUACGCACUGCGUGAUGAUACAAUUGUUUUAAUACUAUUUAUGUAUUCAAAUCGAUUUUCUCGACAACUCAAUUUGUGUACGCCAAGAACACCCCUUGUGAAUUGUCAUGUUUGAUGUUGUGGUGUUCUCAAAUGUCACGGAAGAAUCCCUUCGUCGGUGAAGUAAAUGUCACGGUUCUAAUUCCCAAAGGCACUGCUGACAGCAUCUAAGAUAUUUCAGGCCAAAUAAAAUAAAAACCGACAGUUUCUCGUGCCUGUCCGCUUCUUUUUCCCCGGCCGCCUAGCUCCUUUUUAAUUAUUUUUUUUAAUUCAUACAUUUGCAAUAUAUUUUGCACGUACAUUGUCAAUAUCUUGUAUUUUUAAAAAUUCUGUUCCCAACCAUCUUGUAGCUAAGAACAAAGCGUUAUGGCUUCUUUGGAAACAAUUUUUGUAUCAUGAAAGCAGUCUAGAAAAUUGAAGUAUCUAUCUAUUAUCUUGGACUCAAAAAUCCGCCAACUCGGGGAAAAAGCGCCCGCCUCCUUCAUUUAAAAAGAAAAGCUCGGACGAGAAACUACUUAUUUUGUUUACUCGGCCUUAUGUCUACAGAAGUCAAGUUGUAUUAAUACCUGAAGUAUACCAUUUGUUAUAUAUGCAUUUUGUUUUCGUUUGAAGCAACAAAAGUGCUCAAACUCUAAAGAAGGGUGCUUAACAACU